AGCUUAUUUUUUUACCUAUAUGUUGCCUUACACGUUUCUGUGGUCCUAUUCUCUGGAUUUGGUGCCUUUUCUAUGUAAAUUGGAAUAAAACGAUAAUUAUUGGACAUCAUAGAUGGCGCUGUAGGGCUCUUCUAAGCCCACGCACGUGCGUGGUAAAGUCCAGUUUGCCUACUUCUAGUUCGUCAGCAGUGAGACCAGCAGCAAGGUGUAGGUAUGGCGUCCGCGGAGGAGGCUUUGCCGCGUCGUGUGACCCGGGAGCUAAACGAAGCCUCGCUGAAACUUAUGGAAAGAACAGGAUACACCAUACGGCAAGAAAAAUGGCAAAGAAAGUACGGCGGUCCACCUCCCGACUGGGAAAGCUCGGCUCCUUUAAAGAGUUGCGAAAUUUUCGUCGGAGGUAUUCCAAGAGACUGUUACGAAGACGAGCUUGUUCCAGUAUUUGAGAAGAUAGGGAAGAUUUACGAACUGAAACUCGUAAUGAACCCCCGCUCUGGAUCCCAUAGAGGAUAUGGAUUCGUUAUAUACACUAACAAAGAACACGCGAAUCAAGCGGUAAAGGAGCUUAGCAACUACGAAAUUCGUAAAGGCCAGCUCUUGGGUGUUUGCAAAUCUCCCAGGAGAGUUUUGCAUGUGAGGAACCUUAUGUCGACAACUACAGAAGACAAAAUUAUAAAGCUGUGCAGUCAAGUUGUGGGAAGGGACGAUGCUGUGGAAAGAGUAGAGAAGAUAAAAGAUUAUGCAUUCAUUCAGUUUAAAGACAGAGAUGAUGCUAUCAUGGCCAUGACUAAACUUAAUGGAAUGAAUGUUGAAGGUGCUUGCCUUGAGGCUGCAUGGGCGAGAAGAAGAAAUCAGGCUAAUCAGGACUGGCACUUGGGUGAGGUUGAUAGGGCAUACAACAGAGACCAGGAAGCGUUGGAAUCUUGGAAGCAGAAAGAAGUAUCAUAUGUCAGGGGCUAUGGCUAUGACCCUAGUUACUCGCCUCCAUCGUAUUACAACCCGAUGUCUCCACCACCCGCAAGGAAAGAACUAUUUUGGCCUGAAAUCCACAACUCUGUUCACCCAAUAUAA